AUGGAUUUACCAUUAAGAUAUUUUCUCAAAGAAAAAAUUGAGGGGAAACCUGUAUUAAGUUUAACAGAAAUUGAAGCACAAUAUGAGAAUUAUGUUUCACUUAUUCCCGAUGAAGAUUUUCAGAAUGUAAAUGGAUCAAGUGAUUUAGAAAUUCAGUUGAUUAAACAAAAGAAAUUCGUGGAAAAAUUUAUUGAAAUAUUAUAUCCCGAAAGUGCAUAUUUUAGAAUCCUAUCAAAAUCUUCCACUUCCACCUCUACUUAUUCUUCUUCAGAAGAAGAUACUUUAACAGUAGAAUUAUGUUCACAUCCUGAUUGGACAUCAACAGCAGAUAUGCCAAUAACUACUAGUCCUAAUCUUAUUGAUGUAUUUGCUGUAUUAGAAUCAGAUCGAGCUUAUUAUUUUAUGGCACCUUAUCGAGGAACAACUUUACAAGAUUUAUUAAAAUAUAGUUCAGGAGUAUUAAAUUCAAAUGUAAAGAAAUCUUUUAUAUUAUAUCAAUUAUUCAGAACUGUACAGAAUUUACAUAAGAGAGGUGUAAUUCAUGGAGGACUCAAGCCAUCUAAUAUACUCGUAGAUGAAAAUUUAUGGAUUACACUUACUGGAUUUGAAUGUUCUGUUCCUAUCGCUGUUGGUGGAUCAGAUCAAGUAUCACAAUUAGUUAAUAAUGAUUAUACAUUGAAUAAUCUUCCAAAAGGACGUCGAAUUGGUGAUCCUAACUUUCACCCAAUAUUUCCUUGGAUUACUGAUUUCACUGGUUCAUCUGUGUCAGAGAAUUGGCGAGAUGAACAAUUAGAUUUUACAUUUGAUGGACCUGUUCCUCAUCAUAUCACUGAUAUAUUAUCCGAUAUUACAUAUUAUGUAUAUUUGGCACGAAAAACUCCCAUUCCGGUGCUUUGUCAAUAUGUAAGAACAAAAUAUGAGCCAAAUGAAUAUCCGUCUUCGUUACAAAGAUUAUUUGAAUGGACACCUGAUGAAUGUAUUCCGGAAUUUUAUACAGAUCCAAGUAUUUUCACGUCAAUACAUCCGGAUAUGCCAGAUUUACAAUUACCAUCAUGGGCUUUAUCUGCCGCAGAAUUUAUUAGAAUUCAUGCUGAAGCAUUGGAAAGUGAUUAUGUUUCAAGUAAUUUACAUUUAUGGAUAGAUCUUACUUUUGGAUGUAAACUUAGUGGUGUUGAUGCUGUUGAAGCAAAAAAUGUUGCUUUGCCUCUUUUGGAUGGACAAAAUUCUUUCAUGAAACAUGGAAUUACACAAUUAUUCUCUGAUCAACAUCCUCAAAAAAUAAUAAAGCAACGACUACGACGUGAAAACUCACAAGAAAUGAUGGAUGGUAAAACAUCAAUACUAGAAAAAUAUGAAUUUAUUGCCGGAAAAAGACGAAUACCUUCAAAAUUAUUAGAUGCUGAUAAAAUAGCAUCUCAAUUAUUAGCAGAAGUUGUUAAUGAUUUAUUUAUUGGAUCAGAAAAAACUAUAGGAAAAUAUCAAACAGUAAUUUCUCUUGAUCCUAAAGAUCCUCUUUCUCGUAUUGAAGCUUUAUCAACAUUAGUUAAUUCUUUACCUAUACAUUUACCAAAUGAUAUUAAAGAUGAUUAUUUUAUAGAAAAUUUAGAUAAUUUUGAACAAGCUUAUACAUUUUCAGCAAAAUAUCUUCCCCCACGAUAUAAUAAAAUUUUAAAUAAAAAUACUUUUGCUUAUGGAAGAGCGUGGGAUACUUAUUGUUUAGGUGAAAUUAUGAAAGUUAUUUAUUCAGUUUCAAAUAAUGAUGCUGAAUUAUCAUUAAUUUCCACGCAUCGAGAAUCAUCAUCAUCAAAAGAAGAAGAAACUAAUCAAGCAGAUGACAAGUGGAUAGUAUCUGCAUUAUGUAACCCUGAUUGGACUAAACGUCCAUCUAUUGAUGCAAUUAUUUAUUCAUCUGUACCGGUAACGAGUUUACAUGACGUCAAUACCACAUUACCUUUACCCGAGUGUGUUCCAGAAGUUUAUGGAUUUUUAACUGAUUUUCAUCGAGUUGAUUGGACGGGUAGAUUAAAACUUGCAGAACAUUGGUUGAAUAAACUUUGUAUACUUAUUGACGAAGCAUUUUUCAUGAUAUUACCAAGUUUAGUACUUCUUUUUACUCAAGAUUCCAUAAAAAUUGAAGCAUUAAAUAUUUUUCCAAAGCUUGGUCAAAGAUUAGGACAAGAUGAAACAAAGAAUCAUUUACUGAAACCUAUUUCCUCACGUCCAUUUAUUCCAAAGGCAUUAUUUAGUCCUUUCAUAAUUGCGGAAUUUGUUUAUAGAUUUGGAAAUGCAUUACCAUCUGUUGCUCAAUUAGCAAAUUCUGCGUUAGUGGAAAUAUGUAAACUUGUUGGACCAAUUCUAGCUUCCAAAUAUAUUAUGAAGCAAAUUUAUAAAAUGUUACUUAAAGAAAGUACAACAUUACCAUAUUUAAUGCAAUCCAUUCUUGCUAUUGGAAAUCUAUUUGGUGAAACAUUUAUCAAUUUACAAUUUAGUCAAGUAAUUUCUGUAAUACAACAAUAUAGUAAAUAUGAAAUGAGACUUUCAAGUUCAAAAAUACAAAUAAUAAAAAAUAGGUUUAGUGUUAGUGUUAAAUCUAUGGAAUUCUUAUUACAUGUCUGUAAUAAUGCUAGUAAAUCUGAUUGGGAGAAACAUGUAACUCCUAUAUUAGAGAAAUAUUUUGAGUCUUUUGGAAAAUCUCUGGAAAAUUUAGGUUUAGAAGAAAGUGAACGACUCAAAUUAGAGCAAGAUAGAAAUCAGCAGAUUAUGUAUGCACACUCACAAUUUUGUAUUUUGUUUGAUCAAGAAACUAUAGAACAAGCAAUGAAUGGGACGCACGUGCCAAGUGAAAUAACAACAUUAUCACCUGUUUCACCAGUUCCAUCUAUAUCAUCACCUUUAUAUUCACAAGAUAAUCACUUAUCUAGUGAUCAUAUAAGAAAACAUCAUUUAACAUUAAACACAUUAAAUACUACAACAAUUACAUCUACCACCACAUCAACUAUAACAUCUACCACUUCAACAAAUUUUAAUGUGAAUAGAUCGUUUACAUUAUCUUCAAGUGAAGGAGGUGCUAGUAAAAAAUUAUUAGAUAUUAAUCAUCAAACAGUUAUUGGUGUUCCAAUCAGAAAUUCAAAUACGAGUUCUAUAAAAAAUGUUCCUUCCUCACCUUCAAAUUCUGUAACUAGAAAAUCAAAAUUGAAAGGAAUUAAUUUAUCUUGGCGAACCAAAAGUCCUUCUUUUGAAGAUUUAAAAAAUUGGAAUAGAUUUUUAUCUACAAAUUCAGGACAUUCAUCGGCUGUUCGAUCCUUGGACAUAAGUGAACAUAAACGAUUAAUAGCUUCGGGAUCAAAAGAUCGUACGGUUAAAUUAUGGUCAUUAAAUAUACAUUAUGGAAUAGAAAAUUUAAAUAAUGAACCAUUUUCUGAAUGCCUCGGAACAUAUGGAGAACAUAGAAAAUCUGCUGUAACUGAUGUUCAUUUUAUUAGUGGUGAUGCUAUUGCUAGUAAUGAUGGAGCAAUUCAUAUUUGGGAUCCCGAAACAUUUAAAAAAUUGUAUUUUGGAAAUUCAAGAACACCAUGUUUAUCAAUGAAACCGAUCUUCAGAUCACGGUGUCUUCUCGGAGGUUUAUUAGAUACUUCUAUCACAUUUCUUGACACUAUUUCAUAUAAAACACAUUCAUGGAAAUCUUGUCCCGCUCCCUCUGGCUCGAUACGAACUUUAGCAGUAAAUCCUGCUGAAACAUUGAUUGCAGUUGGAUUUUCUAGUGGAUCAAUUUCAUUAUUUGAAUCAAGAACUGGAACUUUGGUUGAAAAUUGGAAAGCUGGUGAUACUGAUAUAAUUCAUUUAAAAUUCUAUGGAAAUAAUUAUCUCGUGUCAUGCGCUCAGACAGAUCAUUCAAUUUGUAUUUGGAAUACUGAUUCACGUGAUAAUGAUAAUAAAGCUCCAUUAUUGGUUAAUAAUAUUCGAGGUGUAGAUAGAGCAGCUUUAGAUGCUUCCCUAAGUUAUAACAAUAAUGGACGAUUAGCUGAAGAUGGUCAAAUUCCAUUACAAUAUCCGCUCAAUGAAACACCUACUUCAUUAUAUUCUGAAAGAACCGAAUGGAAUAUUCGUGAUUCUGAUGCCAAUUUGGUUAUUUUAAUUACCACUAGAUUAUUACCUUUUAAGACUUUGAAUGUGGCUGGUCCAUGGGAAAGUAAUAGUCCGGGGAUUUAUGCAAUUGCACUGGAAUUUAUGACUAUCUUAUUAUAUCAAUUAAAUAAAAUCAAAA